UUUUUGGAGUAUGAUAAAAUAGUUAUUGAAUAAUUUUAGUUAAAAGAAAUAUUUAAUAUCAACAGUUUCAAGUUUAAACUCGCUAUGUGAGUGCAAACUUCGUUUUAUUUUAAUGUUAAUCAUAUGAGGAAGUGUAGUGAAAAUCCUGCGACUUUUGGACUCCUUGAAAUAGUUACUUUAAUCGAAACACAAGAAUCAUCCCCUUUGAUCAGUUUAUUUGAAAUCUAGAGCAUGCGCAUGAACAAUCGACCGUAGGGUUGUAUAGUUAGGGAGGGGCUCUUGAUUCGUGUGACUCAGUCUGCACACCCUCAAGCUUUAUUUCUGAAUUUAAUGCAGAUAUAAGAAUUAAACUAAAACUAUCAGCAUGUUGUGUUGUUACACAAUUUAGGUACGAAUUGUGAAGAAACUGAUUCAGUUAGUUACAGUCAACGGCAAUAGUGUGGAUUUUUGUGGAUUAAUUAGUGAAUUUAUUGCUUCACGUUGAAAUCUUUGCCAUGAAUAUAUUGACAAAGGAGAAAUAAUGGAAGAUCCACAAACUCCCGGUUCUGACUGUAAUUCUAAUCCAGCAGAUCCUAUUCCUCAGGAUCUCAUUAGCUCGGAGUUUAUUCAAGAUAAUUCAGAUUAUCAAUGGUUUAUUGAUUAUGGAUAUCGAGAUGGAGGAUUACACGUACAUUCAAGCGUACUUUCCUCACUUUCUACUUCAUACACUCAAGAAGACUUGGGUUACUAUGACGACUUGGCAAGGAAUUUGGACGCCAACCUUGCCGAAGUGGACAUGGAAAGCUUUCGCACCGCAGAUAUCCACACUUUGCUCACAGCUCUCCCAGUUAUGUGCACUGAUCCUGUCCAACAAACUGAGUUUAACUAUCAAAGAGAACGUUAUGCCAGUAUAUCUGGCUCAGUUAUGGAAAAAAUCGACAUUGGUUCAUCAAUUAGUCCACACAUUAGUAGCCAGGGAGAAGACUCAGCUUGCUCAACCACCGAUACAAUCUCCAUUUGUAAGUCAUCAUUGUUAUUUUCACCCGUAAAGGAAACACCGGUACUACCACCAGGAGGUAGCUAUAGUGUUGACUCGUUAGAUUGUGAAGAUAUGUUAUUAACUUGUCAAGCAAAUAACAAAAAUAAUUAUACAAUAGCAUUUGAAGGUAGUAUGACAAUGUAUUCAGAUGGUUCGCAAGAUUUCGAAAGUCAAGAUAAACAAAAAACAUCGGAAGUAAGAGAAACUUAUUAUAAUCCAAAGAUGAACUUGAAAAAUAUGUUAGAUUUUUCAAUGGCAUGUUCAGAUUCGAAAAUUUACACAACUUGGAGUAAUUUAAAACAUUCAUCAACAAAUAAAACUAUCACUCGUCAUGGAUCAGGAAAUAAUAACACAAUCCCAAACUUUCUUCAAGUAACAGCAACCACGGUUAUGUUGAAUCCUAAUAAAAGAAGUCUGAGUCUUCCGGAUCUUAGGAAAACUCAGCAAUAUGGACAUAUAAAUAUACCUUUAAAUUUUUCUAUGGAUUCUGCUGAGUCACAUCAUCAACAUUUACUAAAUUCUGAAUCAGCAAUGAGUAGAUCUGUUAAUGAAAGUGCAAACAGUAAUGCAUCAUAUGGGAAAAAAUUACAAAAUAUGAGUCUCGUUAAAUUAUUCAUGAAACAAAAAAGUAUGAGCGCAGAAGGUAUGAGUUUAACGCUCGACCAAUCGGAUUCAGCAAGUGAUAAUGGAUGGCCCAACAGUAAUAGCAGUAGUGCUAGUGGAACAAACACUAACACGCAGAUUCAAAAAAAUAUUAAUGAAACUUGUAAGAAAUACAUUCCAGAAAAUGACUUUGCUAUCAAUUGGGUCAAGACUGAUUGUUACAAAAGUUCUGGGGCAUCUAACCAUGACGACAGUUCUAGUAACACUUCAAAACGAAUUCCAUCAAUUAAAGAAUUUAAAGAGGAAUCACCAUCAGUUGAAGAGUUAUCUGAAAGUAUUCUAAAAUCAGAUGCAACUUUUAAUAAACAUGAUACUGAUAAAACAAUUAAGGGAAAUGAUUCUUUAAAAAAUUCUAAAAAAUCUUGGAGUAAAUCAUCUGAACAUGAAACAAUACCAAUUUGUAAAACUACAGGUAUUCAAGCCAUUACAGAAGUAGAAGAAAAUGGAGUUCAAACUUCUUUACUGUAUUCUUUACCUCCUAAAAAUCACUAUCCAUGGUUGAAAGAAACUAUUGUAGAUAAAAAACCUAUUUAUGUGGUAUAUCCCAAUUAUACAUUACCCGAUCUAUCCUUUUUAAACAUUAAAGAUACAAAACUUGAUAAUAUUGCUUUAAAGCCACAAGAAAGGGUAAUCUCAAAAAAAUCUGAAAGAAGUAAUCGACCAUUUUCUUGUAAUGACAUUGAUGCAUUAAAGCAGCGUGGAUUUUCACAUGUAAAAGAUUGGGAAUCAUUAACUUUUCUUUUACCCAUGGAAUAUCGAAAAAUUCUUUAUGAUGUUCCCGAAAUACCAAGCCAUAUAAAACUCAGUGAAGAAACAAAAAAGCCACUAUUUUGUUUAUCACCGCAUAUGCGUCAUAAGACACGUACAUUGAAUGAAAUUAUUUCGACAAAUGUUUCAUCUAGUAGUAGUACAGGAACUCAACCCUCCUCUGGAUAUCGUGGAUCAUCAACUAUUUUAACAGACUCCUCAACAAAUCAAGUAAACAGUAAUACCUUAAAUCCACUUUAUCUUUAUCGUUAUGAUAGUGGAAGUUCUGAAAAUAGUUUGAUUAGCCAAGAUAAGAAAUUACAUCGUGCGGGAAGAAGUCAAGCGAGAACAAGUCAUAGUGGUUUCCCAAAAAGGUCAAUAUCUCUACCUCACGGUGAAAGAGAUUCCAAUGAACCAAGUAAAGUUCCACCAAGGCCUCCUUUACCAAGAAGUAUUUUAAGGAAAAAUAGAACAACUAAUAAGAGAUACAGUAUGUUUGAAAUGGGCGGUGUUGAAGAAGUAGACGAUCAGUCACAAUCACCAGAGCCAAAUAAGAGAAUGUCAUUGCAAGAACCAUAUUAUAUUAACAAUGAUCUUCAAUUAUUACAUCAUGGACGUAUUAUAGAUUCAGAUAAAGAUAUAGACGAAGUUGAAGAAAAACGUUAUGCUGAGCGAAUGAGAGAAGCAGUUACUAAUGAAUUAAUAGAAACGACUGACCUUGAAUCUAGUGGCGAUGAUGUCAAACAACUGGAAGAGUUUCUUAAACGAAGCGGAUUUUCAUCAAAUAGUAGUGAUGAUGGCGAAGAUCCUGAUGUUAAAUUGAGGUCCUACGUGAGAAAGUUUUUAGCCUUAAGGAUGAAUAAAAAUAUGAAAGGUGCAGAAAUGUUAGAUUUACAGAAGAAAACUGUAAGCUUUGAAAUGAAUCAGAAACAAUAUUAUACUGAAGCCAACAAAAUAAAGAAAACUGAUGAAAUAAAUAAUCAGCUAGAUGAAUCAGAAAAUAAAUUAAUUAAUUUAGAAGAAAAACAAAAAAUGAUAAAUUCUGUUAGUAAAGCAGUUGAUUUAUUGAUCAAGUAUUGGAAUUCACAGAUGGACUCAAGAGUUCAAGAUAAAAACGAGUGUGCACAGAUCUGUUUAAAAAAUCUUUGUCCAGCUCUUUAUGCAAUCAUGUCAGAUGGUUUGAGACCACAUCUAAAUUCAAUUUUCGGUCCUAUUUCAAACAGUGUAUGGCAAAUAGUGGAAGCUUCAUCACAACAAGGCCCUCUAACAAAGACAUUAAAUGAACUGGUUCAAAAAAUUAAUGGCGAAGAUUUUAUUACAGAAGGAAUGUUGAAAUUUCAUGCAUUUAUAUUUGGAUUAUUAAAUUUACGAGCGUUAGAUGCAUGGUUUGCGUAUUUAUGUACUAGAGAAACAAUUUUACGUAAACAUUACAGCAGCAAUAGUUUAUUUGUUGCAGCUCUUGGUUGUGCUAAUUCUCGCAAAAUUAUUGAUCAUUUUCUUAAUACUUUAGAUCCUCUCGCUUUUUGUCCAUUCCAAUUAGAUCUUUUAUAUCAAUAUCGACAACUCCAUAAUAGUUUUAGUCACGUUAAUAGCUUUGUGUCAACUGAUAAUAGAGAGCAUGAGUUUAAAAAUGAUCUUUCAACAAUUCCUAGUCCCAGAAGAACACGUCCUCGUUCUUGUGGAUCAUUCGAAGAUAAAAAUACAUCAACAAAAAUUGAAAAUAAUGAUAACAUAUUGAAGAAACGAUGGAGUAAUCUUGCUAUGGGAUCAAAAGCAUUUCCUGUAUUGGAUAAAUUGGUUUCAGAAGAUUCCGAAGAGUAUACAGAUAGUUUAGAACAUUCUCCAUUAAAUCGAGCUAGAAAAAAUAUUACAAGGAUAUCAAGUCCUGAUGUUCGAAAUAACAAUAAUGAUACUGAUAACAAUGACGAUACGAUUAGUGCUGAUAUAAAAUUUAGAAGACUUCAAGAAAAAUGGGAAUUAAUGACUGGAAAAGAAGAACCAAAAGAAACUACUCUAACUUCACCAUCUUCGCCAAAUAAAACUCCAACUAACAUAACAAAAUCUAAAAUUCCCAGACUUUUAACUUCUCCUGUUAAACAAUCAGCAAAUACAUUAACAAUGACAGCAAAAACUAAAUCUCCAAAUACCGGAAUUCCUAGUCUAAAAAAACCACCUUCAACAAUUAUGAAUAAAGUAACACAAAAAAAAACUUUAGAUUUAAAGAGUAAAGAUGUGUGUAAACGUACAAGUAGAGUUGAUCAAGAUCAUAAUAUGACGCCAAGAAAUCACUUGACACGUCCAAGUUCUUUGCCGUAUAAAUCACACGGAGUCACAGCCAAAGAAAAAAAUCUGGUGUCGCCACAAAGACGUGCUGUUUCAACAUCUUUACCAAGGCCAAAUACUCCUGCUGCAUCUAAGGCAAACAUUCAACUAAAACGUCCACCUAAAGAAGUUCGUACGCUUACUCACAGGCUUCCAUCGGAUAAUGGUCACCUAUCAUUUAACGAAGGUGACAGACUAAAAGUUAUCUUGGAAGUUGAUAACAAAUGGCUAUUGUGUGCGAAAGGUGAUCGAAAGGGUUUAGUUCCAAGAUCUUGCGUGCAUAUAUGUCCAACUUAACAUACAGUUUUUUACGAAUAACGAUCAGCAAUGAAAUCCAAACUAACAAUAAAAUUCAAACGAAAUGUUUGAAACUCUCAGUUAGUAAGCUUGAAGGGCAUUCGUGCAAGUGGUAUCAUCAAUGAAUUUUAAAGUUAAGAACAUGUUUGGAUUUUCAAUGUACAGUGUAUUUAAAACUGAAGACUAAAAUUGUUAAAUGUUUAUGAACAAACAAAAGAGAUUGAUGUUUAUAAUUUCAAAAACUAAUUGGUAUUUGGUUAUUUACAGAAUCAUUAAAUUAGGUACUUUCAUCAGUUAAAAAAAUAGAAAUUAAAAUAAUGAUUGCUAGUCAUAGAAUCUUGUAACCAGAUUGUAUUUAAUUAUCUAAAACAUAGUUAUUUAUAUCCUUGUACAUAUAUAUACAUUAUGAUGACGAUAACUAACAUUAAAUUAACAAUUGAAUAGUUAUAAUAACUUAUAUAUUAUCAUAAAUGUAACUGUGAUCAUAGUAAUAGGCAAAUGAGUCUAUCGGAUGAUAAUUUUUGUUAUACUUGUAUUGGUUUAUUUUUGAAGAUUGUUAAUGUAAACUUUUUGUUUUUGUAUAAUGUAACGAUUAAUUUGAACAAUUAUGUCGUACGCGCAAAAAGGAUUUUCCAAAGCUUUAGUAAAUGAAUAUGCAUAUAAAUUAAGAAUGCUAACUUGCGCUUAUGUGAUUUUUUAAUCGACUUUUUUACAUGCUUCUUGUAUUCAUCAGAGUCGUAUCUUUAAGUUUUAAGAUUAUUAGUACAUUUUUGAAUAAUUGUACAGUUGGGGAGCAAUUUGAUAAGUUGAGGUGCAAUAAUAAAAUUUGAUAAUAUAAAUAUAUAUAUAUAUAAUUUGAAAUAAUAAAACAAAGGGAAAAAAUUAUGAAAAAAGUAUAAAUUUCAAUUGAUGUGCGAAUGUUAAUCUUGAUGGCUUUGCUAGAAAAAGUAUAAAUGUCUCGUUAUUACCAGAAAGUUAAUAAUAAUUUUAAAAUAAAUUCAAAAUAUAAAUUAAAUGUUUUGACAUUUAAAUAAAUAUGAACAUAUGUUUUUAAAAUAUUGACGAUGAGAACGUUAAACAAUUUAUUAUUUUACAUAAAUAUCAUACAUACUAUUUUAUUUUGUGAUUUAUGCAUAUCUAAUUAGAAAGAUAUUAUAUAGAUACUCACAGAAAAUUACUAUGAUUAUUUAUAAAAUAAAUCUUUAAGCGCAAGAUGAUUAUGUAUAAUACACAAGAAACACUAAAAGAAUUGGCCUCGUUUCAAUUUUAUUAUCUCGCUCGUAUUAAAGAAACACAUACGUAUGUAUACAUUUACAUAAAUAAAAUGACCAUAUUUAUGAA